AAAGUACAGUCCCGGGUGAGGGUUGGGCCAGCACGCCGCGCCGCGCCUCGGGACGGUCCUGUCCUGGCCGAUGUAAACAAGCCAUGUCAACAGCUGGCGCGGGGCUCCUUCACUUCCCUGAGUUCUAGCCUUCGCCACGCAGCCCCGGCACCAUGGACGAACAGCAGCUGCCCAUUGACAUCCACCUGCCCAAGCUGGUGGACUGGCUGGUGUCUCGCCGCCACGUACAGAAGGACUGGCAGACAGAGGUGCAGGCGGUGCGGAUUAAGAUCAAUGCAGCCAUUCAGGACAUGCCAGAGCACCCAGAGGUCACCCGCCUUCUCUCCGGCACUUAUAUCAACUACUUCCACUGCCUCAAGAUUAUCGAGAUCCUGAAGGAGACAGAGAAGGACAGCAAGAACAUCCUGGGCUGGUAUGGCUCACAGAGGAUGAAGGAUUGGCAAGAGGUGGUGCGCAUGUACGAGCACAACAGCAUCUACCUGGGCGAGGCGGCGCAGCUGCUGGCUCGCUGCGUCAACUAUGAGGUGGCGGGCAUGCGGCGGCUCAUUGCCAAGGGGAUACAGGUGCAACGGGAGUGUGACAACAAGGUGAAGGAGUACACUAAGGGGAUCGCCGAAGCACGCAAGAAGUACCUCAAGGUCUGCAAGCAAAUAGGAAUCACUGGAGACAACGUCAAACAGGAGCUGCUGGAGUCCCUCAAAACCCUGCCGCAGGAGUUUGAAGUCAUUGCUGAGGAGUGCCGUGGCCUCGGCCCGGCCCGCCAGCUGUACCAAGACUUCGUGGCCUUCACAGUGUCCGGCCCACACCAGCCUGAGUCCCUGCCCAUACUCAAAUUUAUCAUGGAGCACGGCAACACCACCACCUAUGAAUGGGUGUACGGAGAGCCUCCCUGCAGCAUUGAGGAGCCGCCCCUGGUGGUGGGAGCCGAGGAGCCACAGGAGAGCACCGGAGAGCUUGAGGUUGACUUUGGCGACAGUGGAGUUGGCGGAAUCGACUUUGGCGAUGCUUCCGGGGCCGAGGGUGGCGGUGACGCUGCCGGGGGGGGCAUAGACUGGGGUGCCCUGGCGGAGGGGGAUGCCGCAGCGGACGGGAUCGACUGGGGGAUUGGGGAGGUGGAUGAGGCAGCAAUACAGGCCAUUGAGGUGGAGGACUCUGGCGUGUCGGGCGGCGUGGCGAGGGGGGACGAGGCUCGCACAUUGUUGCUCAACCCCAAGACUCGCACACAGUUCACCGACGAGCUGCAUGAGCUGAUGGGCUUCCUGAGACAGCGAGCGACUGAGUUAGAGAGCGACGACACCAUCUUCAGCCUCAGCCACUUCUCCAGCGCUCCGGCCUCCAUCCAGAGCCACACUGUCGAGAGCGUGCGGACCAUGGAGGGCAAGGUGACGGCGCUGCUGGGCCGACUCAGCACCACGCGUAUGCAACACCUCCUCCUCAUCAGCUGUUCCCCGAGGUAUGUGGACAGGCUGGCCGAGUCCCUGCAGUCGAAGCUGGCAGUGUGUGACAAGUUGGCGGCGUCCCAGGAGGCAGUGAAGCAGCGGAAGGCGGACACAGUGGUGGAGCAGCAGAAGCUCGGCCCGCAGCUGGCCCUGAUUGCGGAGCGGGCCCGGGAGCUGCAGGGGAACAUCGAGAAGGACAUCUCAAACCGCUACAAGAACAGGCCAGUCAACAUUGUCGGGGUGAACCUCUCCACCUAUGUUGCCUGAGAUCGUAUGAGGGAAAGAAAAUGAUAACUUCACCUUAUUCGCCAAAACAACUACACAAGAAUCGGUCACCACUCUUCGGCAAUGGUUCACCGUCAUCUUUCACAAACAACGCCAGAAUCAAUCAUCUGUUAGUUGUCUUAAACUGGAGAAAUUAUCAAAUUGUUAAUCUCUCUCUUUUUCACGCGUAUUUUCUCCCAGUCACACAAGCACUGUCCAUUACCCUUUCCAGUACACACAAAUCUAACAUCUCUAUAGCUUUUCAUUCGUCACCACUCUGCCCUUCGUAACACAGUCCACCUUCCUAUCCAACACUCACAACACCAUAGCUAUCAUUGCUCCUGUGUUCAUCUUUGUCACCAUCCAUCUGGUGUUAAGUAUACAAACAGCUCUCACCUUCUGGGCCAUAAGGCAGAACUUUGACAUAAGGAUUACUACAUGUUAGCUUUUCUUGGCUUUCUGAGGAGUCCGCAACAAUUAAUUAAAGGGUUAUCGGGUAGAGCAGGGUGAUUUAAGCCAUUGUAAGCUGCUGAAAAGAAUAAUUUAAACCUGUAUGAUAACUAAAUUGUGGGCCCUUGGAUUUUUAUUUAAGAUUAGGAUUCUGUUUUUACUGUUUUUAGAUAUAUGACAAGCCUCUGAAAAUAGAUUUAGAUAGGUAGGAGAGAGAGAGAGAGAGAGAGAGAUUAACUAUAGAAUGUUUUUUAUCGUUUGUUAUAUGUUAUUACACUAUAUCUGGGACACUAUAGGGAAUAAAUAUUUUUUGAUUGGUA